GGAGUCCGGGUGUGGCUUGCUGCAGGGAAGCGGCUCUGGUGGGCUUUCUGCUCACCUUGGCGCGUCCUGCCGUCAGGCUCGUUUAGGAUGGAACUGCUGUAAACGUCAGCUUGAUUAGAAAUGGGCAGGGAGGUCACCUCACAGCUACAGGGAAAUAAGUCUGGGGGAAAACAUAACAAACCGCACACAGAAGCAAACAACCAACACCAGGCGAAAAGAUAUAAGCAGGCUUCGUUGGAAAGGAAUAUAGCAGGUCACAGAGAGUCUAGAGUGACCUGAUGUGACGCAAUGGAGACAGAGCCAGGCUCUUUCACCGGUGCCCAGUCCCGCUCCUGAGAUACACUCCAUGUUUUGAAAAUGUCUGAGGGCGCCCCCACUACCUUCUGUUUUCUGCCCACUUCCAGGCGAGGAAUGGUUGUUGGAAUAAAACACAGCUUACUGCAGUCUCUGAGAAGUAGCCUGGGAAAGUCAGAACUCUGUCUGGCAAUCAGCAUCCCUCAAGAUUACACACGCAUCCUUAAUUUAGCUGCUGGUUAAUAAUACAUCAGUGGUAAAAUGCAACCUUCAAAACAGUCUCCUAAUAUAAAUCUGCAAUGAAUAUCCUUGGUAAGAUUGAUGAAAAAUCAAUAGGGUGUUGCCUCUGAGGCUUCAAAGAUGUGCUGACUGCUUUAAAACAAGGCAGCUGGGUCAGAAAGGCUCUGCCAGGGGUCUCUCUGCGGUCUGUCUAUAGAGGGCUGAGACCCUUGAGUAGGACUGCCCCAUGUCAGCUGCUUUUAACCACAGCCACCUGCCUACCAAAUGAAUGAAACAAGCAUCACUGUGAUUAUUAAGUACACAGAGGCAAGGCAGAUGGCAACCUGGAAAUGGAAGAGGCGAUUUGGUUUUGUCUAGCUCCAGAACUUCCAUCUGCUCUUGGCCUCCCACACCAAAUGUCAGGCAGCUCCAUCCUGGGGCAGAGGUUGGGACGUGCUGGUGGUAGGAAUGUCUUUGCAGUGCCCUACAGUCAGCAAGGUACCGACUUUGCACAGCACUGUUGAACGUCCCAAGUUGGAAGGGACUCACAAGGAUCACUGAGUCCAACUUCCGGCUCCAUAUAGGACCACCCAAAAUUCAAACCCCGUGUCUGAGAGCAUUGUCUGAAUGUCUGAAUCAGCUUGGAGACACAGCUACUGCCCUGGGGAGCCCGUUCCAUGCCCAGCCACCCUCUGGUGAAAAGCCUUCCUAACCAUUUCCUAUAGCGUGGACCCCUGGCAUCACCACAGUGGGGGACAUCAGAAGCACCCGGGCACCUUGAGCAGGAACUGGGUGCACCUGAAGCUCCAGGCCAUGGGUACCACUUGCCUCUAGCCUGGUGUAUUUAUGUCAUCUCACAAAUGAUUAAUUGUCUUGGGUCUAGAUAGGUGCUGUCAGAUUAAACUGCGGCUUCCCAGCCCUCUCAAGGUUGUGCUAAGUGGUGGGAUGACUGUGCAGUGUUGCAUGGAGGAUGUUGGAUGGAGCUCUCUGCUCCAGGGAUUGCCUCCUCAUGGGCCUCAGCCUCUCAGCUGCCACAGCACAGCCGAGCUGCAGAGCCUGACGGACAUCACAUAAUGCUCUGCCAUGAUGGAUAUGGGGAACUGAUGGGCUGCUCAGCCUAGCGCUGGUGAUGUCUCAAAAGCUGUUUAUUUGACAUUUUUGUCUGUCUGAGAUGUUUUGCUCAAGGUUGAAGCUCUGCUUUAAGUUCCAGACGUCCUUCUUAUCUCUGAUAAACAGCCUUCCCGAGAUGGGAUGUUUCUCUUCAAAGAUCCAAGACAGCCAUAAAUUAGACCCACAGGGACAGCAUCCUUGAGAUGAGGGCACAAGUCCAAAAGAGGAACCAAUCAGAAGAGACUAAAUGUCCUUGUGCCCAAAUACGGAUAAAGCGAGGGGUGGGAUGCCUCCCCAAAUGACCCCUGAAGACCCCUGCGCAAGCACAGAAGAUUCAGAUAUGUUAUGUGACCUUAUACUUACAUACACCUGUGAAUAUGUAAUGGAUAGGUGUCACUUCUGUAUUAGAUAGGCGUAUAGUGAAAACUUUUGACUAUAAAUGGAAGCCAGCAUAAAGACUCAGAGCACUUGAUUUGUGGGAAUAUUCCACCUUGUGCCCUGCCCAGAAUAAAGCAAUGUCUCCUCUCCAAACACUUGUCCUUUUGAAUGUGUUUUGGGAGAUAUAGAAUCAACAACAUUGUUAUCAUCUCUGUAAGCCUGGGGGAUGCUGAGGCAGGUGGCCGGACCCCUGGACAUCCAUCUGCAUAUUCAGGAGUUGUUCCCAGCCGGUUGGCUGCCUCCAGCCACCCCACUCCCUCUUUAUAGGACAUGGGCGUAGCAGGAGGACUUGCCGGGUGGCUUCUCCAGCAUCCCGCAGCACCCAGCACGGAUCCUGCACCUUGGCAGCCCAGGUGAGUGGGGCACAGAGGGGCACACGGCUUGAGCUGCGGCCCUUCACUGGAGGCAGAAAUAGGGCAGCUUGGGAAGGCUGUGGGGCGACAGGCUGUCCGGUGCACGGUGCUCCCACAAAGAAGUGGAUGGGGAGCUCUGGGGGGUGGCUGCUGCCUGGGGAGGAUGUAUCUGCCUGCUUCUCUGGGCAGCUUCAUUUUGCUUCCUGUUUUUUUUUCCUUCAGUUUGGAGGAGCAUCUGCUUCUUUUUACUAUUGUGGAAGCCUGCACUGGUAAAGGCUGGUAGCAGGAGCAGGAAUGGGAGCACCCACCUGCUCAGUGCAGGGAGAGGACCCCGUUAGCAGAAGCAGUUUAUUUGGGUCAGGACAUUGGGCCAGGUCUAGAUACAGAUUGAUGCCGGAAAGCCCCUCGCUUCUCCCCCAUUCUCCAGCUGAGGCUCCCUGUGUGGAAAGUCUGAAGAAUGAAUGAGAUAUAUGUGUACCUUGCAUUUGCUGUGUGGCUUUACCGUCGGCAGCUAUUACUCUGAGGAGCAGUGUGUGGCUGAGGGUGAAGCAAGCUGUGAAAGGGGCGAGCAAGAGCUGCCGGCAGCCGGGCCUCGUGCUGACCUUGGGCAGAGCAAGCAGCCACACUGCUGGGGAAAUGGAAACCUCACAGCUGGGAGGGAGGGGAGCCUACAUGGAGAGCAACAAGUGCUGUCAGGCAGCCUGGAAAAUGGUUUAUCACAGACAGAGCAGCAGCAGAGGAUCCAGAGAGGUGUGACAGAGGAGGGGAGAGGGAAAAUGGUCUACCAAAAUGAUGGGACAGUGCAGUUUACAGGGAAGACAAGCCCAAGGACCUGCACUGGAGUCAUGGUGCAUGAUUUACCAAAGGUAGAGCUGCUCUCCCAAACACCAACCUGGAAUAAAGGGCUAAUUGAUAACAGGUGACCUGCUGAAAAGAGUGCGUAGAGGCUAUUUUAAACACCGCUCAGUAACCCAGAGGAGGACUUGCCAUAGAGAAAAGUCAUGGGGACAGGAGAUUAACAGCACUGAAAACGAUCUGAUGUAUCUGGAUGUAGGUGAAAGAAUCUCAGGAGCUUUAAAGAUGGCUCAAAAAGGCAUAAACCACUUCAGGCAUGCAGAGCUGAUGCUAAUUAAUGUGGUUGGUGAGGCAGCAUCCCAUAGGGAUUGUUACUCCGUAACGGCCCGGGACAUGAGCUUUUGCUAUUCGUGUUUCAAAGGAGUCAGAGCGAGCGAGAGGAGGGGCGGCUGGCUGCCUGCACCCAGUGGGACAAUUUUAAGCUCGAGGCUGCUGGCUCAGGAAUUCUUCUCUUCCCCAGUAAUCCCCUUCCCUUUUAUUCUCUGUUUUAACAAGCCCUUAGCAGCACUAUCCCAGCACGUCCCGCUAGUAGCGGUCAUACUGUGCUUUUUCUGCUCCUAGCCCCUUGAUGUGCCCCUUCCCACCAGUCCAGUGUGAUGGGAUGGCAGAUGCUGCUCAUCCCAAUGCCCUCAGGGCUCCGACUGCUCCAUGCUAUGAAUGCCUUCUGUAAAGCUCUGGCUGCUGUCCCUAUUCCCGGGCAUCCUGACAGUGCCCAGUGGCAGCUGCAAACACCUUUGUCUAGGUGCACCUGGAGGGAAGGCUCUAUCUGGUGCUCAGUGCCCUUGUACCACAGUCCACGAGCUCAAAGGGGACUCUUGCCAAAGGUGAUCUCCCUUUCUGUUUAUCACUAUGUGCCUAUGCCCCACACACCUGAAGCUCCUGUUUCCUGGGGGCAGGGGAGAAGCUGUGGUCAAGGCACAGUGAGAUGGAUCUCCAACCCUUCCGGGGCAAAGCUGUGGUGCAGAGAGCCCUCACUACCGGGCACAUUCAAGGCCCAAACCGUUGCAAAUGGGCUCCAGGCACCACAAAUGCCUGCUGUCAGGUGGGAGCUGGGCAAAUCUGUCAUGUCAGCAUGCAUGGAGGGUACGUGUAUUUGGUUCUGCCAAGUGAUAUUUUGCUCUUUCUUCAGCUCUGUACCUCUAGCUGGCAGAAGCAUCGCUGGGAACGCCCGCCAGUCUGUCCCUGGAAAUGAUCCCCUAUCAGCUGCAGGGUAGCUCACUGGUGCCCAGACAGAAAGAGGACACGAGGAAUGGCAGGACUGCCCCUGAGCAGGACAGAGGCUGUACUACCACAAGGCACAGCCAAGGGCUGAAAACAGAGCCCAGUUUCCAGAGGGACUCUCUGUUGCCUUCCCCUAGCUCAUCCCUCAUGUCACAGCUGCUCAGCCAAGCAGCAGUUAGCAGGAGCCUAGAUCCAUGCACCCUUUUCCCUUCCUCUGCAGCGGAGCUGCCCCGGGGCUACGAAUUUGGUGUGCCUCUCAGAGAAGCAGCACAAGCCCUGGCUGUCACCAGAACCUGUGGCCCUGCUCCCGUGCCCUGUGCAACUGAUGGGGAGCAGCUCUCUGACGAGUACCUACAAGCCAAGAGGGCUAGAGUGGAGAGCAUCAUCCAAGGCAUGAGCCUCCCUCCAGCCCACCAGGCCUCGUAUAUGGGCAAGGAGGGAGGUUUGGGGCAGGGCAGGGAGAGGGGCGGGGAAGUGCCCCACCAGGGCAAGAGGAAGCCGAGGGUGUCCCAGCAGCAGGGUGUGAGGGUGGCUGGGCAAGGGGCACCUGCCACAGGCAGCCUCCACACAGCAGAGUGCCAACAGCUGAGGGAGCAGCUCUGCUUUCUAGAGCAGCAGCUGAGGUGUCUUCAGAAGAGGUUCUCCCACGUCUGUGACUCUGGGGAUUCUGCCCAAAGCCAGGAAGGUGCUGAGAAAGUGCAGCUGCUCCCUGAGAAAGCUGGAGACAGAGUGGACAGGGUUGGUGUUGCCACCACCCACCAUCCACACGCAGCCACUUUUUGGGAGAGCAUCCUGGAAGCGGAUGGGCCCAGUGUGGGGGAGGAUGAAGAAGGCGGAGGCAGUGCAGGUGUUCUGCCCUCAGUGGCCAGGGUGCUCUCUCAGGCCCUGAAGCACGAGCUGGCUGGAAUGACGUCCCGUGUGGUGGACUCCGUCUUGAAGACUCUGUGGCCAAAGGCAGCCGGCCAUCUCCUACAGCAGCAGCUAGAGCUAGGGCCAGAUGCCAGGGGAGAGUGUUUUCCUGCUGGGAAAGGCAGAAAACCACUUGCUAAGGCACCUUCCCCGAGCACCCUGGGCUCACCUCGGCCAGAGGCACCAUCACUAUCAUUGGGGAAGAGGUCUCAGGUCAGAUCCUUCAGCCCGGAGGGCGUCAGAAACCCCCAUCAGGCACCCAGUGUGGGUCACAGGCCAGGCUCAGCUGCCCCGGCAGUACAGGACAGUCAGCUGCUGGGCCAGCUGCUGGUCUACACCCCGCACAACCACUGGGGCAGCCCUACUGCCUCAGAGAGGUGGCCCCUGGAGCCCCCAGAUGCAUGCUGGGCAGUCACCAAGCUGCGGCCGUUGGCAGUGAGGCCCCUGGGCCCAGGCACAGUGGAGGGGAACAGAACAACCCUCACCCCUACCUACGAGGCUCUGACCCCUGGCCACCUGAAGAAGGCCAAGCUGAUGUUCUUCUUCACCCGCUACCCCAGCUCGGCUCUGCUGAGGUCCUACUUCCUCGACGUGCAGGUAGACCUGCUGUGGGAUGCAGGGUGGGAUCGAGGGGCGUGGGAUUUCAGUGCUGGUUUGUUGAGAGCCCACCUCUCCACCGUGCCCGGACAGUUCAGCCGCUGCAUCAACUCCCAGCUCAUCAAGUGGUUCAGCAACUUCCGUGAGUUCUACUACAUCCAGGUGGAGAAGUUUGCCCGGCAGGCCCUGCUGGAGGGCGUCGCAGAGGCCGCAGCCCUUCGCGUCUCACGGGACUCAGAGCUCUUCCGCGCCCUCAACAUGCACUACAACAAGGGGAACGACUUCCAGGUGCCCAGCUGCUUCCUGGAGGUGGCCAGCCUGACGCUGCAGGAGUUCUUCAGUGCCGUGCGGGCAGGCAGGGAUGCCGACCCCUCCUGGAAGAAACCUAUUUACAAAAUCAUCUCCAAACUGGACAGCCACAUCCCCGAAGUGUUCAAAGCUGCGGGCUGCUCCCAGGAGCUGCCCCACAACUGAUGUGCCAGGCAAGGGGCUCCAGAAGUUUUUGGGUGGGGGAAACCACCCCAACCACUGCUGGUGGGUGAGGGAAAGGCUAGCUGUGCUGGACAAAUUCUGGGCUUACGACAUUCAUUGUUCUGUUUUAUUUCUGUCCUAUAAGACAGCCUCCUUAGGUGAAGUCCGCAGCUCGCCCCAGGCAUCAUGAUGUUGUGCUAUACGUUUUGUUUGGCUGCUCAAAGGCAGUGGUGGUGAACCACGGAGGGAACAAGGAGAGGAAGCCAAAUGCCUGGAGCCUGGAAAUGGCUGCUCUCCUCCUGGCCCUGCUCCAGCUUUCCCUGGGACCUGGGCCGAGCCACCUUUCUCCUCAUUUCCACAGGGCCACAGAUCAGGGCAAGCGGCCCUAUUUGUUUACAGGGUGGGCAGAGAUCCCAGCAGCGGGCAUCGUUUCCUUGGCACGGCUGCCCAAGGCGCUGUGCCUGCUCCAGCAGCACUCCUUAGGCCCUGCCCAGAAACAACACAACAGCGUCCAAGGAAAACAUCUGGUGAAUUCCAGUGUUUCAAGCAGCCCAUGAGGAUGGCUGGCCCUGUCCGGGAGACAUGAAACUGCUUGUGCCAGCCAGCACAAACAGCCCCUUCCCUGCCUCACCAGUGCCCUGCAGAGGAGCUGGACGGCGUGACUCGUGUUGGAAGGGGUCAGGCAGUGUUGGAAGUGCUGUGGGGUGCCUGCUGGGUGCUGGAACACAGCAAAAUGCACGGAGAGGAAAACUAAUGCUGCACAAGCAGCCCUGCAGCAGGGUGCCUGCAGCUGAACGGCAGCACCUCAUAACUGAGCAGUGCAGUGUGGGCAGGCUCCAUAGGGGCUGUGUUACAGCGGUCCUCGCCACUGUGAGCGGGGUUAGCCACAUUCCCUGUCUGGAUUUGUAUGUUAAUUGCUUGAUGUCUGUAUGUUGUGCAACUCCAAUUCCAAAUUUACUCCAUCUAUUUUUAAAUAAAUACAGCUUACGUUACCACUUUACAUCCCCAGAGACCUCUCCGAUAACUUUUUCUCUAAAGCUUUACCCUGGGAAUGUCUUCCAUUCUGUUGGGAAAGAAUAACCCCUCGAGAGAAGGGCUUCAGUGGCUGUGCUGUCGAUGAUGUGGUGCAUACUUUCCUGCAGCCUGGUGGUGCUCAGAACACAGCAGGCCAUUUUCACUUGAAGACAAAUGCCUGGCACAUGGGGAGUUCCAUUGGCGAAGUGUGUGUGCUUGUAGGGCUGGGAGAGAGGGAAGAGACUGCACCCACCACCAUGGCAACGGUGAGCUCCCCAUGUGUGAGUGUGCUGUACAGGUUGCUUUUCCAUUUUCCACUAAUUAUUCAGUGAAACAACGGGGGGAGCACGCUCACAUCUUUUGCUGACUCAGUUUUACCUUUAAAGCAAAAUCAGCUAUUUCUCUGUAUCCAAACAUCUGCGAUACAUGCAUAAUGUCCCCAUUACCACCGGUAGCCAUCUGCUCUGAGAACAGUCCUGCAUUUCCAAUUGCAUUCCCAGUCCCUCCGCAGUGCUGCACGCAGUCCACACUGCUAACAAUAGCAGAUAUUGCUGAGCUCUAAAUACUGCUGUUUCCUUGCCUCCUGGCUAAGCGUCAUGAGGCAGCCGAGAGAGGGAGAUGUAACCACAUCCACGUCCUUAGAGCUUAACACUUACUCACGCCCGUUAUUAUGCACUAUAAGAGCUCUCAUUACUCACACAGAGCUAAUUGGAGCUUGCGCUUGCUGAAUGCAGAGCCUGGGUGCCCCAGCAGCCUGAGGGGGAAUUAACAAGCAAUUAAAGAUCUUGCAUUAUCUUUAAUGCUGCGAAUGGCCUGGGUCUCUCUGUAGAGCCUGAACCGGCCCCUGAGGCUCCCAGCUGAAGCAGAGGUUCUUGGAAAGGCCCUUCCCAUAGAUAGCACCCUGGGUACAGCAGCUUUCUCUGAUAAGCCAUUGGCCAAUGGUCAUGAAAUCUCAGCGUUUGCUGUCCCAUUAUGUGCGCUCUUGCUUAAGAGUUCAGAGGGCAACUUUCACUUUAUAUAUUAGUGUCAAACACCAUUCGUGCUUUUGCCGUUCCAAUAAAACCUGCCCUACAAACACUCGCUGGGACUACUGCCCAUUGCCUACCAAGCGACUGUAACCACACAGCAUUAAGUCCAAUUGGCACGAGCCAAACGCGGCAGCCCCCUGCUGGUGUUUAUUGCUCCGGCUUUUGUGGCUUCCUUACUUGUUCUAUUGGAUUAACAAGGAUCAGGCUUCAAAGUGCCAGCCUGUAAUGAACAGGGUCAAUCUUUUUUAUCUCACCACAGUUGCAGAAAACAAGAAGCUAAAGGCAAUUGUGAAGUGGAAAUCUUGAAGAAGAGUAUGAAAAAUACAUGACUGAGGAAAAAAAUGGAAACUUGAAGAAAAGUAUUUUACUGAAUUACUCAGUGCAUGUCAUAUGUCAUUCAUAGCUUUAUGCAAAGUACAGAUAUCAUUAAAAAUACUUUGUAUGACUUUACAAAACUGGCUAAGUUAGAUAUCUGACAACAUAAACGCAUCUGCACAUACCUACAUCCCUCCCUUUCUAUAAAACCAGCCCUCCCCAGGCUCUCAGAGGGUGGGCAGAAUACCCCACAGCCUAAGACAUCACUCUCCCUUUCUAGCCACCCAGUCUGUAAAUAAGAAAAAGGGAAGAAAUGAGGACCACCUUUGGAAAACAAGGUUUGAAGACAAGGUGAGCUCGUGGUCAAGGGAAACAUGAGGCCAGCCCCACGUGUCCACACAUCCACUGGCAUCCCCAUGGCUGGCAGUGCAACCCGUGUUCAAAUAAAAAUUCCAAAGGCUCUUUUAAAAUAAAUAAAUAAACAAAAUCUUUAGGAACAGUAGCUACAGUUACAAAGAGAUAAUGCUUUAGAAAUUGUAAUUUCAAAGCCACAGCACCCACUUCUCGCGAGCAAUCAUUGCAAGCAGUACUGAAACCGUUCAUGCUGGGAAGUGUCCUGGGCUAUGGCUGUGGCCUCAGCAGCACAGCUGAUCUUCUCAGCUUUGGCAGCCCGUGGCCUCAGUGAGGCUCCUCAGUGUGUUGUGUUUCUUUUGUUGAAGGCUGUGCGCUAGCGCAGCACUGUGAAGCUCACACUGAGCUCUGCGUGCUUUUCCCUCGCACACCCUGAACUUUGGAUGGAAGGCAGGUGCCCCAGAAGAACCACUAGGAAGUGCCCUUUGUACACGUGGGGCUGGCCAACAACAGAGCCACUUGAAUGGCACAAACGGCUGCUGAAACUGAGAACAGACAGCUCUGAUGUGAGCAGGACCUAGCAGAGCAGCAUCGGGGAGCUGGAAACACCAUCUUGGUGAGUAGCUGUCCAAGGCUCUUGCCUUUUCAAGCCAAAGCAGGGAUGUUUGAUUGGUGAUGAGUGCUCUGUUUCAGGAACAUCAUGGAGCUUUCAUCAUUAAUUGAAAGUAAAGGAGUGACAACACUGUACUCACCCACAGGGCAGCACUUAACUGGAGAUCUGUGCUAUAUGUGUGAGCAUCUUCUGUCCUGUGAUGUAAUCAGGAUUCUGACAGCAGUGCUUUCUGUGCUUGAAGUAGGAUCCCAACUGGGAAACUUGAGGAUGGUGGGUUUACCUAGGAAGAUGCUGCAUUUCCUGUUCUAGAAGGAAUCACCUCAUUCUGGAGGGAAUUCUCUCUGGAGAAGUAUUUCUCAGCAGCUACAAGGAAGACUGUCAAGAAUCAGAGGCCAACACAGAUGUGGGACUAUCCCAAAUACAAUUCUCAAGAUCUGUUUCUCAACAAAUGUUGAACGUGAAGGCCUCAGUCAGUAGCCUGCCUGUUACCAUUGCGAGGUUGUCUUCUCCCCCAGAACCACUGCAUGCCCUGCUGCAUCAGUCACAGCCACCCACCAGGCUCAAGAGCUGUCCAGCUGAGCCGUCUGCAGUUGUCGUUGCCUGGAAGCCAAUGGCAGCAGCAGUCUUCGCAGAGCAGCUCCUCUCUUUGCAAGCGAUGCUGGAGCCAGCGUGGAAAGCAUUCUGUAUGAGCAUGGCACCCACAUCACCUGAAAACAGCAUGUAAUGUCCCAGAAGUGAGUUCUGAGUAUUCACUGGCUCUUACACAGUCCCCACGACACGCCGGAUUUUGAUAGUUGAGCAGUUUGCAAAACUCAGUUCACCAUCUCUCAGAUCUUCUCAGAUUCUCAAUAAGUGCUCUGGUGCCAGCUCAGUUGCCUUUACUCAGUACAUUACUGAGUGCUCAUGUCUUUGCAAGCAUUAAGUGGCUUCUUCCGCUGCAAAAAGACCACAGAGUUAAGAGCCCCACACACAAAACACAACAAUGCACAUUGGAAGUUAAAGCUGAGAAAGGACAUUUGGGCAUAAAAUAUAGCAUCAGUUAAGAGAGCUGGGGAGAGGAAGGCGGGGAAGAUACAUAAAUGCAAGUGCUGUAGAUGUAACUCUGAUAUCAUACAGUUGUAAAACAAACCCACAGAAGCAAAGGAGUUGUGACAAGGCAAAUAUGGUAUUACUAAAAAUCAGGUCCCACAUACGGAAGACCUGCAUACAAAAGUCCUAAAUCCCAGUACAAAGGUUUUGUGCAGAAAUCUCUUUAAAAUCUGUUUUUGCUAUGAAGGAUUUAAAUAGGCCUGUAGUACUGGGAAAAUUCCCUGCCACACCAAUGCAAUUCUGUGCCGCUAAGGCGUAGCGCACAAAUAGUACCAACCAUUACGACCACAGCACAGCUUCAGACAUGCAGUGUGCCCCAGCCAACUGCUACGCUUCUCUCCAGUAUCACCAGAAGUAGCAUUUUUAAUACUAUUUUCAAAAUCUUUGUCUUUUUUUCACACAAAGUCAGGGGAAAAAAAAGGCAUCUGACACAGAAUGCUGAACUUCAGCUCUUAAUUUUUCAUGUCUUAUUGCCCUUCUGUAAUUUCCAGAAUUCCCUGCAGCACUGCCCGCCCUUGGUUUUGCUGUUACCUUACAUCACCUUUGCCAGGGAAGAUGCUGACCAUGUGCCUAUUUGUACAACAUUUUAACAACUUUAACUAUAAACUCAAUGCAGUCUUAGCAAUAGAGGCCUGCCUUCUUCACAAGCGGUGUAUCAAAAGAAGGGAACGAUGAAACCAGCACCAUUUAAGAAGAAGAAAGCAACCUACAUAUUGCAAAAAGCUAACAAAGUUUCCACAAAACAGACUCCAUUUGUACAUCCAGUUAUCUUGAACUCUAUUCUCUCCAGGUCCAUAGGAGUGCCCAAAGAGCGUGGGAUGGGUCCAACACACCAGACUGAAAGUUGAAAAACAAUGGUGGGGAAGGUGAUGGAGGCCCAGCCCUGCUGCACUGGACUAAUCCAGCUGGAAAACUGAACGUAAAGACAACUGGUUUCAGCAUCACACUUUUAUUUAAGUUUUAUAUGACAUACAGAUGAGCUGGAUCUCACACUUGAUCAUGACUUGUAGAAAAAUGCAGAAUAUAUAGAAAAUAGCGAUAACAAACCUAACUGGACAUAAGGAGAGAGGCAUAUUGCUUGUCUCUCCUGAACAUCUACUUUCACUAGUGUCUUUAGCUGCUGAGAAGAGACUUUCUUCAUCUUGAUGCACAUAGACAAACUAAGAUAGAAGAAAUGCCAAAAUAGUCCACAGAAGGAAAAUAAAUGCUGCAGGAGGUAAAUGACACAUCUUAGAAUAAAAUAAAACUCUUAAACUGGAGGAAUUCAUAUACUGAAAUCUCAGUCCAAAGGAUUCAUCUGAGUAAGAGACUGAUUCAGAACUAAGUGCAUAAGGAAUAUUUUCCAAGGGAACGGCCCUCAUAACCAAGCUGUCUGUGACUAAGAACACCUCCUGCACAAGUGCAGUCACUGCAUCACCAGCCCUGGACUGAACAUCAACUGCACAGAUUUAUAAAUGGCGUGUAUUUCAGAAGUUCUGUUUGAUUAGGCAUGGUACACAGCUAUCCGUGAAAGCAACACAGCACAUGUACUUGUUUACAGAAUUUAUCACCAAAAACAAAACAAAACAAACACCAUUAGAUACAGAGAAAAAAUGUAUGAAUAAAGAGAACUUCUGCAGUACUCUGAGAGGAAGGACAGUCUCUUGGAGAGCACACAAGACACUACCAAAGAACUUCUCUCCAGAACUCAGACUGCACCUGGAUGCUACUGGAUUGGAUAUGCAGCGGGCGGAGCAACUGUGGCUUUUAAGAUGGAAUUCGAGAGUAGGAUUAAGCUGCAGAACCCAAUAAACCAUCAAAGAACACAAAGUGUCAGUGUGGCAUGGGCAGUGUUUUCAGAUUUAGCAAAACACAAAUCAUGCCAGUUAACUUCUGGAUACUCCUUCAAUGCAGCACGUUAUAAAUCCAGCUUAGACAUGAAAGAAGAGUGCAAAUCCACAGUGUUGAGAUGACCUUCUACAGCCCCAGUACCAGGCACAACUGACAGAGGUGGGCUGGAGAAACAAUUAGCAUCGAGGGUCACAGGCUUCAUCAAUUCCCCAAACUGAACCAGAGUCAAACAGUCACUUCUGGCUUUACUGAGGCGAGCCUAGCUUUUUAACCAGAUCUUUGUUUUGCUCCAGGUUUAUUUUCAAGUAGGAGAUAGUUGCACAGUGCCAGCACACUGCCCCCAGCACAGCAUACUCACCAUGACUCGCCCCUACAGAUUUGUCUACAAACUGAUUAAAGGGCCUCUGAACCAUCUUCUCAAACAGCAUCUCAAGCACACGUGGCAACGAGGCAGUAGCAGACAGCCUUGUAAGACUGAGGAAGCUUAUACCCGAGUUUCUUUAGGGCCAUCCCUUCAGCUUUGUAGCAGAUUGUUGUUGCGUGCUACGAGAAGGGAAGGGAGAUACAAACCUUCAUAUUCCUAGAAGAGGAAUAAGGAGAUUGUAGACCCCUUGUAAAAGGGUAUUGACAUUCCUCAGCAACGAAGUGCCUACUACAAAACGUGCACUACAUAUAUCAUACGUUGUGCAUUUCAAUCAAAGUUGUUCAAAUUGUCCACGUCAGUGUUUCAAGUAUUUCCCUGAGACAGAACUCAGUCUCAAGCUCAAUCUCACAUUGAUGUGAAGUUCUGUGCUUAGAUAAACAGGAACAAGCAGGGCUCUUCUUCACAGCUGAGUGUCCUGUGGCGUUGCUUUUAAAAAGUAAUGUUUUUACGCUUACAGGUGAUACAGUGCCCUUCUAGCCUCAACAGAACAUGCAGUUAAUUCAUGUGCUGCUUCUGUCUGGAGUAACUGCAGGUGAGUAUUAGCCUUCCACCUCUUGCAAAGGAAGUUGUCGCAAACAUAUAAUAAGAACAUAAUGUUUCAUUCAUUACAGUUACGUAACAUUUUAUCUUGAAAUUGGAUCAGAAGUGACACCUCCGCGCUGUGGUUUGGAUAUUCAUACUUAUAUUUUCUUCAUUCCAAGAAAUCAUUUUGUUCUUUGUUCCAAGAGGAAAGAAGUGAAAGAUUCAGUUAGAAAUCUUGGAAGAUUUCAAAACAAAAUUGUUUAUUGCUACAACAGACUUAGACUCCACAAAUCAAAUGCAGCUACUAGCAAGUUAAAUCCCAGUGCUCCUCAGAUGUCAGCAGUUGUCAAGAGCUUCAGCAGGAUAUAAGGAGCUAUUUUCAAGUUGAUACCUCUCGUUAAGGUAGGAUGAAGAUCUUGUUCCAUAUGUAUGCAGCAUGUAGCUUUAACGUGCAAUGUUUAACCACUGAGUUUUUUUUCCAUGGAAAAGUGGUAGCUUUUUCUUUCACGAAAUAGAAGUUAAUAGUUUAAGAUUGUAGUGGGCAAUAUUAAACCACAAAAAUAAAAUGAUGGUGGAAAUAA